AUGUCCCAAAGACACUCAGAGCAAGAACCUGACAAGGAACGUUUACUCCUUCCAAGGAGGGCUACUAGUUUGGCAGAGGCCUCGUCAGAAUAUGAUAAAGCUAUCCAUGAAACGCAGAAUGCCAUAGCCUCUGUAUCCACACAGCUUGCCAGACCGAAGCAGGUUUUGAGAUACGUCAAGGAAGGCCAGAAGAAAUUCGAAAAGGCACGAAAAGCUCUUGGAAUGUUAGUACUAGCGGUGUCCCUGGAAGAAAGCAAGAAUACAGAAGCUUCUGAAGCGAGGGACGCGAAAGGUAGUAGCCAUGGCGAAAGAAAGUCGAAGUCUAGACAUCUCAGUAGACGGAGUGAUGCAAACAAAGAUAGCAAGCGAGCAACAAAAGCAUUCGAAGACGCGGUAAAUGCCUUGGAGGACGUGAAGCGGAGACAUUACGAAAUGGCCAGCGCGAAUUUUGGUCUAUCUCUUAGAAGUGCUCAUGACGAAAAAGCAGACGCGGCGAUGGACAAGUUCUUUGAAGAUGCUUGUUAUUUGCUCUACUCGAGAUCUGUCAGGCACAGUGAUACGGCGUCACAAUAUUGGAAGCAGCUCGCCGAGAAACUCGAGACAAACUGCAAGCACUGUGAUGGAAUUAACGGGAAACUGACAGAUGAAAAGCUCAAGUUCAGAAAAGAACAUAAGUCAAAGAAGUUCGAGACGCAGAACCCUGCAGACGCCGAAUUGAUGACUCACAAAGUAAAUGAGAUCAAGCAAAGCGUUGCGGGUAUAGCAGAGGAGCUCAUGAGAAGGCAUGACGCGUUGAAAGAGACACAAGACGCCAUGUCUAGGUUGAGAGUAGAGGCAGAGCAGGAGAAGACGACGGCAGACAAGGCCACGUGA